AUGGCAUCUACACCAAGCAAGGACGAUGCUGUGAUCAUUGUCGGGGCCGGUGUGUUCGGCCUGAGCACUGCAGUGCACUUGUCGCGCCGGGGAUACAAGAACGUCACAGUCUUCGACAAGCAACCGUACGACAAGAGUAUGUACUCAUAUUUUAAGGGCGCUGACGGAGCCUCUGCAGAUAUGAACAAGAUCAUCAGGGCUGCAUAUGGCUCGCAAACAGAGUACCAAGGUUUGACGAUCGACGCUCUGGAUGGGUGGAACGCGUGGAACGAGGAGUUGGCCACUGGCAAGACUGUCCCGCCCGGACUGACCACCGAGGACCGUGUUUUUGUAAACAACGGUAAUCUCUCUUUGUCGGACUCGGCGACUUUGCCACAAUUUGAGAAGGAGACCGUCGAAAAUAUGGAGGCAGCAGGACACAGAAACACGCAGCUGAUCACGAUUGACGAAACCCAUCAAAGACUGGCCGCUGAGAAAGGGUGGACAUUUGGCAUGGACCCCUUCCACCGCCUUAAGAGGGGCCUCAAGGCGGCUGGUGUUCUAGACACAACAGGAGGUAUGGCCGUGGCCGACAAAGCCUGUCGGUUUGCUCUGCAUAAAGCUGCAAGCCAAGGGGUGAACUUCGUCUUGGAUGAGAAGGCCGGUGCCUUCGAGUCUCCGAUUUUCGACGGCAAGAAGGUUAUCGGUAUCAAGACCUGUGAUGGUAAGACGCACUGUGCGAAGCUCACUAUCCUCGCUUGCGGCGGGUGGACCCCUUCCUUACUCCCCGCGAUGGACGGUCUCUGUGAGACGACAGCAGGGUCCGUUUUCUUUCUCAAAAUUCCACGCGAAUCACCACUCUUUAGUCGCUUCGCCCCUGAAAACUUCCCUACAUGGACUUACAAGAUGCGCGAUGGGGUUGAGGGUGGUUUAUAUGGUUUCCCCAGAGACGAAGAUGGCUGGUUGAAGAUUGGCUACCGUGGAAUGAAAUACACAAACCCCAUCGUCCAGGCCGAUGGCAAAGAGCGCAGCGUUCCCGUUACCCGGUGGUCUGCUGCGUCCGCGUCUGGCAAGCCCCAACAGAGCGGUGAGCGCCUGACAACAGUACCCCGACAGGCUCUGGAAGUUGUUCGCGCUUUUCUGGUCGAAAAUCUCCCCGAGUUGGGCGCCGAAGGCAUUGACAUCUCCCUCACCAGAGUGUGCUGGUACACGGACAGCUACGAUAACCACUUUGUCAUUGACCACAUCCCUGAGACAGAGGAUUCACUAAUGGUGGCGACGGGCGGUAGUGGCCAUGCGUUCAAGUACCUCCCGAAUAUAGGGAGCUGGGUUGUUGACGCUGCGGAGAAGAAGGGGCAAGACCGGAUUCCUCCGAGAUUGUGGAAGUGGAGGCAGAUUGGGAUGGAAGAAACGCCUUACAAUGUACUCAUGGAAGGUAUCAGAGGUCCAAGAGCUCUAUGCAACGUUAGCCUAGCGUCCAACCUCGAAAUAGAUGGUGCGAGGCCGAAGUUGUAG